AUGAGUGUUCCUCAAGAAAAUGACCAUUGCGUCAAAGAAUCAAUCUCUACAGAAACACUUGAAUCCAAACUCCUCUCUUCUCAGUCCCAAUGCCUCUCUUUACAAUCUAAAUUAAUCAGUGCCAAGGAAGAAGCCAGAUUGAAUGCCCAAGGCUUGAAGAAGGCAAUUGAACAGAACCAAAAAUUGAGUGAAGAGAAGUCACGUUUGGUUGGACACCUCAAGAGGUUGAAAACCAUUAUUGACAAAGGAAAACCGGCUCUUGAUCAAGCUAAAGAAACCCAAAUUCGUUUCCAUGAAUUGGAAAAAGAAGUUGAAAUUUUAAAAUUGGAUUUGUAUUUCUUCAAGAUUCAACAUCAAAUGCAAAGGUUUCAAUCUUCAUCAAUGGAAGAAGGUUUGGUUGAGUCCGCUUUAUCUCAAUUAAUUGGAGAAACCGACUCCUCCGCUCCUAUAUUAUUCUUGUUGAGAAAUAUCAAGAAAGACGAAUCAUGUAGAAGAUUGUUACAUUUAUCACGAAGUUUGAGUCCUCCAACUCUUAGAGCUCUAGCUAUGGCUGAUACAAUAAAAACGCUUGAGAAAGAAAAUCAACAACUUCAGAAGCUACUUUGUACCACUCAAGGGGAGGUCAAACUGUUAUCCGAUCAAAUCGGUUAUCUCAUGGAGGGCAAAAAGACGUCGUGCGAUGAUAUCAAUGGAGGAGGGAUUCGUAAACCACCAGCUGCCAGUUCCUCUGUGAAGGUGAAUGAAAAGAAAAGACCAUUGUCGGAGGAUUGA